CUAUUUUCAAACUGCAACAUCAUUUGAAUACGUUUCAUGUAGUGUUUAGGGUUACAAACUGUAAACAGACGUCAGUAUGUUGUUAUAAUUAGAAUUUACGAUACUAGAUUAUCAUUCUUUGGUGAAAUGUCCGUCUGUCAUAGACAUGUUAAAAAGUGAGUGCUGUAAAUGACAUACAGUGAAAAUAAAGGUAUACACAGUGACAUCUACAAAAGCGGCAGUAUAUCAAAACAGCAUUCUGGAAUAAAAGAAAAUAAUAGUGCAAACAAUUGUUACUUUUGAUUUAACUAUCGCUGUGGAAUAAAGUUAAAACAUUUUCCCUCGAAUAAUGAUCAAGGACAAGAUAAUGGCGCAGAAAGUUGUAAAUUGCACGAUAAUAGGUGAUGGAAUGGUUGGCAAAACAUCUCUGGCGUUAGCGUUUGUAAACAAGCAGCCACCCGGAGAAGCUUAUGUGGCAACAGUGUUUGAUAACUAUGCUGGUACUGUGUCGGUGCAUGGCGAACAAUAUACAGUUGGCAUCUUUGACUCACCAGGACAGCAUGACUAUGAAGAUGUAAGAGCGUUUAGUUACCGAGACAGUGAAGUUAUUAUUGCUUGCUACAGCGUCAAUGACACAGACUCUUUGCAAAAUGUCAAGGACGUUUGGAUACAAGAAGCAAAAUCACAUGUCAAAAGGAAGAAACCAUUACUACUUCUCGGUUGCCAAACGGACAUCAGAGAGAAAGGCGGUAGACAGUCAGGACAAGAUUAUGUGACACAAGAUGAGGGCGUGGCUCUCGCAAAAGAGAUCGGAGCUGAAGCGUAUAUUGAGUGUUCCUCAUUAACAAUGGAAGGUGUAACGGAAGUGUUCCAAAGUGUAGUGACCUUGGCAUUGAAAAACCGGAAAAAGAAAAGCAGAAUCUUAAACCGUUUAUUACGGCGAUAGUUUCAGACUUUGAUGUUGAUAUUUAUGAUCUCCAGUAUUAUCUGAUACUAUUAUAGACUGGAUGUUUUUCGCAUUGCUUUUAUUUAGUCAGUUUACAGUAAUUUGCGGUCUUAAGAUUUAAUGCUUCAAUUCGCGAAAUUGCUUGCUCGCGAAUAUUCGCGAAAAUAGAAACAGUCUCGAAUAUCAUCCAGUCUAUAGAAGGGCAUAUGUGCAAUAUAUUAAACUGUUACUAAACAAUACAAAAAUUGAAUAUACAAAUAUCCAAAUGAUAAAGGGCUUUCUGAAAGCUAUUACGCAUAUUAAUAGGCAAAAGCUUUUAAUUGCAGACAAUCAUAUCCAGAAAAUCAUAUACGUUAUUUUAUUUAGAUAUAUGUAACUGUUGCUCAAACUUGACAGAAAAGUAUUAGUAGUAUCGACAAUAACCUUGUUUCUUAAAAUUCUUUAAGUCGAAUCUAUUACCCAAGGUUCGAAUGACCGAAAGCACUAUUUACCAGCAAGCCGUUAAGUCUGUGUUUUAUUUUAUGUUAAAUUUUCAUAAUUUUUUCUUCAAGAUUUGAAGUAAGCCCAGAAAAAAAUAUGUGUCGAACGACAGAAGGGUCAGUAGCAUAAACUAUUGACCGGCGAGUUAUAUUAGGAGUCGUAUAUAAAUUCAUAUUAAGAUAUAGUAGGGUGUAGGUUUUGAAACAAAUACUGCCAAUACUUAUGUAACACAUUAUAAGUUAUUUAGAUGUACUCACUCCUAAUUUAUGAUGUAAAAGUGUUCACAUUUGAUAUUUCGUCAUAUACAUGAUAUCGUGCUAUAAAUCCAUGUUAAUUUAUGCAUAAUAUAUAUUUUUGUAUACACGCUUGUCAUAAGCCGCUGGUCGGCAUAUUCAUCGUUUCAUACAAAUGUUAAAUAUAAAAAUUAAUUACCUAAACUCAA